UGGCAGAAGACCGGCUGUGAACCAAUCGGGAAGCCGUUCUUACAUUCUCUGGCCCAAUGAGGGGUCACCGUUGGAAAUAGGACGUGCACAUUGCUUUAGGAACUUCGCGUUCGCCGGCGGACAGAAGCUGUGCAAGUUCUUUGCCUAACACCUGUGCUUUCGAGGUCUAUCUUCACGCCAGCGUGAAAGAAACUCCGUCAGGAUGAGCGACAGGAAGGCUGUGAUCAAGAAUGCGGACAUGUCCGAGGAGAUGCAGCAGGAUGCUGUGGAUGUGGCCACGCAGGCCCUCGAGAAAUACAACAUCGAGAAGGACAUCGCAGCCUACAUCAAGAAGGAGUUUGACAAGAAGUACAACCCCACCUGGCACUGCAUCGUGGGCCGCAACUUCGGCUCUUACGUGACCCACGAAACGAAGCACUUCAUCUACUUCUACCUCGGCCAAGUGGCCAUUCUGCUCUUCAAGUCCGGCUGAGCCAACACAUGGGCAAAGGACGGGAGGGUCGGCAGGGAAGGAAAAGCUCAAGGAAGGGACAAAGGACUGGAUGCAUCUAGGACUCAAAAGUAGCUCGCCUGGACCUUUGAAGUGCAACCGUGGAUGGAGGCUGGUGCUUUUCGCCAAACGGGGAGCAAGAGAUGACCUGUUUUCUUUUCCCGGGGCUAAGGGUGGGUUGUUGCAGGCAGCUGCAACCAUCGCUGCUGCAGCCAGUCAAGUUCUACUCUCAUAUUGUAACAUGGCUUUUACAAUCUCUGUGCCGCACAAGAGAAAUGAAAUUGUCCUGUCCCUGAACCCAGUCUAACGCCGCUGUAGACUGCUUGCUGUCUCUCUCUCUCGCCCAAAUUGUACACUUUGCUAUCAUGGAAUGGCUGUUCUUGACAGCUCGUUUUUCGAUUUUCUUUUCCCACAUUUUUCUUUUUGGCAUUCUAUCAUGUGCUUGCUGCUAAGACAAGGAAGCCACCACAUUUCGUUUUUUUUUUUGUCAUUUACGUAGAAAAUGAGAACACUUCAUCACUGAAAUCUUCAUUUUGUUGGCUGUUGAAAGUGCUAAGUUUGUUUAUAUAUAUAUUUUGGUCGAGCGUCCAUCACCCUUUUUUCUUCGUACCCCUGUAUAGCAGCUUACACAAGUCAAGUGUGCGUGUGUGUGUACAUGGCAUAAUAAAUUUUACUUCGCGAGUUCUUGUUCUAAA